UCUUGGCUUUAGUAUAUCUGUGUAUGGCUGGUUCAUCCCUGAUGAUCAUCCAAUUUACUUGCAACACAAACGUUCAGUCAGGUUUACUACGGCCUACUCACUUUUAUCAAAUGUCAUAAAAUAUAGUGUCUGUUCUGGGUUAGGUAAUGUCGAAGAAAAUGAAGUAAAUGAUCCAGUGCAUGAAAAGAGUAAAUUUAUGAGGCACUCGGUACAGAAAAUUGUGGAACCACUUGACUAUGAUGGCUCGCCAAUCCUUUUGGUUACUAUUUAUAAAAGGCAUGAAUUUUGUUUUGUACUUUGUCAAACAGUUCAAUGUUGUGCAUGUAAAGAUGCAGAUGACAAAAAGUCAAGAUCUGCUUCAAGACAGUCAAGAAAAAUUCUUGAACCUGUUAAAGAUCGUGCCCCAUUAUCUGCCACUUCUCAACAACGCCUUGCCAUUUCGCCAAAAGCAAAGAGAAUGGAGUGCAAAGCCCUUAAAAACCAGUUGGAAGAAAUGGAAGCUAGAAUAAGGGGACAUAUAGUAUUUCAGUAA